AUGACACUGGAGCUGUUCCCAGGAUGGGGUUUUCCCCUUCUUUUCUCCUUCUUUGUGUUGGUUGUAUCCACACUGAGCCUGUUGCUGAAAUUCUACUGGGUGCCCUCGACACCGAAGUACAACUACAACCAGUUCGCCUCCAUGAUGCUUAUGUUGGCCUUCGGGUUUGCCGCCCUUCAGCUGCUGGCGUGUGUGUAUCUCCCUGCCCCUCUUGCCGCCAUCUUGCAACUCGUGAACGGAACGAAGCACAAGGAGUUCCCUCGUUGGUUUGACGGGUGGAUGAAGGCUCGAAAGCACCUGGGUAUUAUAACCCUGGCGUUUUCAGUUAUCCACACCGUGCUUGCCCUGCCCCAAUACGACCUGGCCUACCUGAGCGACUAUUACUAUGAAGUGGAGAUGGUGAACGUUGUGCGACACGCCAAUGCCUCAGACUUCGUCACGGCAUCUAUUCCCAUCGCUGGGAAGAUGAAUUGGAAAGGUGAGACGAUGCUCUUGGCCGGCACAAUUGCGCUGAUACUUAUGGCCGUUGUCGGGAUUGCCACCCUACCCUCCGUGCAACAGACCCUCAGCUGGCGGGAAUGGACGUGCAUACAGUCCUACGUUGGUGUCGUCUGUUUUUUAACGAGUAUUGCGCAUGUUGUUUGCAUGGGGGGUGAGUACUGGCAGGAAACAGCCUUUUACGAGACCAAUUCCUGGAAUGUCCUGCUGUUCCCUUUUGUGGUUGUCCUCCUCAGGAUUUUGUGUCUGCUGCCGUGCAUCAGUAUCCCAGUGACCAAAAUACGCCGAGGGUGGGAGAGAAAGACCACAAACAGCCAGGCAAAAAUUGUCUAGAUGACAUACAUAUUUUAGAUCCCAAAAACGCUCGAAUUGUCACAUUUUUUUAAUCAGACCUAUUUUAUUACGCACUUGUAAGCUCAGAACUAGUUUACAUCUUUAUAUUACAAUUAUAUUUUUUAUGAUUCCCACACGUUAGUUUUUAGAUCCAACAUAACAAGGAAUAUAUAACUUUUUAAAAAACCAUUUAUAACAUAUACAUACAUAUAACAAAUUAAGUGCGUGUCAUUACGAUAACGAAUUAUGCAUAUGUAAUGGAAUAUAUAAUAUUAUAUUAAAAAAAAAAAUAUAUAUAUAUAUAUAUUGCAUGCUAUUGGUCAAAAAGGGGAUGCAUGCUCUAAAUUUGAAGAAAUGGUAUAACAUGGAUAUCUUCAUCGAUACUUUGUACUUUCUGUAUCUCGAGUCAUUUCAGAUAUGGCAUCUGGGAUAAUAAACACUACAUGUAUUUGUGAGGUGAUCAACUGUACGCAGAAAUGCGUGGAACUGGAGGAGGGACUUUUGACCAGUUUGAUAUAUAAAUAAUUAAUAAAAUCAAUAGUUUACAGUGAGAUACUAUACAAUAGACAGUUCAUAUAAGAUAUUGUAUAAAAUUGGUACUUCAAGGUUUGUUCCCUAUAUCUCGAACAGCUAUUCACAUAAGGUAUUGCUUUUGUGAAGUAUUGCAAGCAUGGCAUUGAAAUUCAAAAUGUUUCAAUAAUAAAAACAAUUGUUGAUACUACUUAAUGUGUCUUGUGUGAAAUUUCACGAAAUAUAAUUUGAUCUACAGAUGCAAGAUGGAAAACUCAAUACCUGUACCAGCCAUAAUGUACAUGUAUGCAGUCAGAAGAUAAGUCAAUGACAUUGACGAAAAAUAUCAGUGCUUGGUUGUUAUUUAAAUCUGUCAUGUCUCA